AAGCAAGCAGAACCCGCAUCGAGACCUAUGUUUCUUGCAGAUAUCAUCCCAUAGCCAGUCCCAUAUUUGACACAAAAAAAAAAAACUACAUAUUCUUCUUUCCCAACACCUGUCAGACUACCAUCUGACAAUAAUAAUACUUUACUCAUCAUGCAACAUCCACUACCGCCACCCACGCAGCGACUCACAUUCGCGCACCUCGACCCUUCAUCUACCAAACAUUGCGAAUUCCUCGUUUCACUCUACAACUCACCUCUCUACUUAGCGGCUUUAGGAAAGUCGCCCAUAUCCACACCCGAACAGGCAGCUGAGCUAAUACGAAAUCGCUUCGUGGAUGCAUUCGAGCGCAAUGGAUAUGGGCAGUGGAUCGUGGUGUUGAAACCAGAUGCUACAUCUUCUUCUUCGUCUUCGUCUUCGUCUUCUUCUUCGUCUUCUUCUUCUUCUUCGAAGGAGGAGAGUUUGGCUGCUGGAACAAAAGGAGAAGGAGACCAAGGAGUGUUCAUCGGCUGUAUGGGGUUCUCGAAAAGAGACGCAGAGUUCUCUCCUUCUGCGCCAGACGUGGGGUUUGCUUUUCUACCAAAAUAUACGGGUAAUGGAUACGCUACGGAGGCGCUGCGAGGCUUGCUUGACUACGGGCAGAAGGAGCUUGGUCUAGAUGUUAUUUUCGGGUUCACGGAUCCCGACAAUGGGCCCAGUUGCAAAUUGAUGGCGCGGGCGGGCAUGGAAGACAGAGGGGUUAGGAGGAUGAAGUGUUUCGGUCCUGGUGAAGAUGGGAAUGGGAGAAUGUCACGCGCGUUUGUGACCAAAGGAGCGUCAGAAGAUCUGACAGUAUAUAAUAUUGGGGCUUGAUCCAGGAUGUAUCCCACUUUCCUUUCUUGACGGAGGAGAAAAGGAGGCUGGGUCAGCGACAGGAUUAUCUGAAUGACACAGAUUGAGGUAACGGUAAAUUUUCGGGCGGACUCAUGCACAUGACGGCUUCAGUUUUUCGCAGGUAUCUAUCGAAAAGAAUCUAAUGUCGAAAGGU